AUGCGUGAAACAGAGGCUCUGGACAUGUGCACGAGAGGCAGGAGCCGUGUAUUUGUUUCGGGGUCCACCAUCUUCCGAAGUGUGGAGAAGGCCUGGUCCAAGCGCGAGAAUUUCGAGGACGGCCAUGGCAUAAUUUAUUUGGCGGCAACCAACUUCGACCUCGGCAUCUGGUACGCCCUGGGUCUCUGGCCCGCCCUCACCAUCGCCGUCACCAGCAACUGGGGCGGCCCCGACAGCUCCGCAAAGCGCGACUGGUUCGCCGGCGCCGUGAGCGACCUCUUCGCCGACCGCCCGGAUACCGAUCAAUUUGAUGUCGAAGCCGUGCUGCUGCAGGUCAUGCAGGACGAGUUCGACCUAAACGUCGAGGACGAGAGUGAAAUCCCUGUCGCCGAAGAAAUCAUGAAGCUUAGGAAAGAGACUGCCGAUGGAAAUUUCUCUGGUCUCGAGGCUGUUAAGAGGAGGUUUGAGGAGCGUGGAGGAAGAGUCCCUCAGAACCUUCAAGUUGUCGAGCACAAGCACGACGACGAUGAGAGCAGUGAAGAAGAGAGCGAUGAUGAUGAUGAUGACNGACGUCGAGAUGGGCGAUGCUGCCCUGCUCUUGUCCCUGCGCCGCGCGAAAGACAAGAGCCCGAGGUCGACGACGAUGGCUUUACUAAGGUUGUCGGCAAGAAGAAGAGAUGA